AUGAUGGCACGUCGCACAACAACAGCGUCGUCGCGGAAAGAUGAAUUGACUAAGCUGAAUGAAGUGGACGAAAACAGACGGCAAGACGAUUCCAACAACAACGAUAUUAGCAAAGAAACUGGUGAUGACGGUCACGACGAGGUUGUUAAAGACUCUCAGUGGGACGACGAAUGUGCUGUAUUCAUACUGAAGCAAACGUUGUUCAGUCGAUGUCUGUUGUUCAUUAUUCAGUUGAUAUUCAACGCAAUUGUCACUGAUUUUCCAACGGAUGCUUUCAAAGGAACUCCCGUUCCUGAAGGUUCGAUUACUUUUACAAAUAUAGAAAGUUUUCAUUAG